AUCAUCAGCAAAACAGAGUACAACAUUGUACGAGGCACAAAUCAAAAUUAGCAUCCUCCCAAAAUGCCAUCACCACCUUCUUCCCCUAUCUUAGAAUCCCCACAGCCAAUUCCACAACCACCAGCCCUUAUCGGAAAUGACUUGGAAUCUCAACAAUUUGAUUCAGAUGUUGCUCAGCAGAAUCUGCAAUGGCAAAAUGCCAUACUUUCAUUUUGCUUUACAUCUGCCCUAGAAAUAUCUCUCCAGUUUGCAACUACUCAGUCCGAACUGCCUCUCUCCCUCAGUUUGGUUUCUUUUGCAAUCUUGAUUACCUUUGCCUUUCUCUUGCUUGCAAAGUAUAUCAGAAAGGAUCAUACCAGAGUAUCCCAAGUGUUGGAGAAAGUUGCAUUUCUCAUUGCUGCAGCUACAGUCUGCUACACCACCACAAUUCCCUUCCCAAUAGGCUUCAAGAUUGUUAUCUGGUGUAUCUUUUCCAUUUCCUUGCUUAUUCUUGUCAUUUACAGCAAGUACUUCUGCCGUCCUGCUGCUUAAAGCAAUACCAAGGCAUUUUUUCCUUGCAAAUUGCAGUUAAAUGAAGAUGGCCUGACUAGAGCCUAGAGGUUUUAUAAAUUAAAGAACUGUACUGCUGGGAAACUGCAUUCAUUUGGUGUUCGCUAGCCACACAUUAUAAGAUGAGCAAAGAUAGUAAAGAAGAUUUAUUGUU